AUGGUUACCUUUCACUGGGGGUUUUACUUGGGUGUGGCUUUGGUUUUGGGUUUGGGAUUAGCAAAUUGUUUUCUGGUUUUCCCACGUCAGGGAUCCUUUGGUUUACUGGCUGCCGUGGCAAUUCCGCUGGAACUUGGACCCAAAAAUGUUUACAUGGCCUUCAACUUUGAGUCCAAUUAUGCACUGCCUUCGAAUGACUCCUACAAUCAGUGGAUUGAUAGGUGGGACUUGGACAAUCACUUUAUGGGCGUUGGCGGCAAUGUGACACCGAUAAAUGCUCGCCAGGAUGCAGGAGAGUUUCCCGAGGACGAGGACAACGAGGUGAGGCGUCGCUCGGUGGGAAGUCCACCUCCCUUCAGGCGCCACGACUUCUACCGCAGUAUUAUAAACUUCCUGACCCACUACGGAUUCAAUGGCUCGGCCUGCCUACUGCGAACUAUCUGCGAGGUCAGCGAAUCGCCCCUGGAUGCCCGAAACGGGUUACUGGGCAGCCUGUUUCAGAUUCUAUUCAUGCCGACGACAAGUUCAGCGGAGUGGGAACUGCAGCACGUGGACGGAUUGUACGAGGCCUCCGAUGCGGGCACGCAUGGCCAUGGUUGCUCCGAAUACGUGGCCCACUGCGAACAUAGUGCCCUGGACCUGAUAAGCAUUGUGCUCUGA